GGUGAGAGGUUCUGAUGAUGUCACAUUACAUCGUUAUCUAUGGAUUACUCCACGGUGAAGAAGACGUCUAGUAAUCUGAUACAUGAGAAGAACAAUGAGAAGAUCCUAGAAGUCGUCCACAAGAUGAUGGAGCUGCUGACUGGAGAGGUUCCUAUAAGGUGUCAGGAUGUCGCUGUCUAUUUCUCCAUGGAGGAGUGGGAGUAUUUAGAAGGACACAAGGGUCUGUACAAGGAGGUCAAGAUGGAGGAGGACCAGCCCCUCACAUCUCCAGAGAGAUCCAGUCAGAGGACAACACCAGAGAGAUGUCCGCGUCCUCUCCUUCCUCAGGACGGUCAGAUGACUGUACUGGGAGCUUGGAGAAACAUCUCAUAUCUACAUAUUAUAAUGCAGAUGAUCCAUGUGUCAUAUCAGAUACAUAUGAAGAGCGUGCCAUUAUCCCAGAUGUACCCUCAGACCUUCACAGCAAAAAUCUAUCAUCUCAUCCUUUAAAACAAGUCCAAUCUUCUAAUUCAUCACAUACUCUUAAUCAGAAUGAAACUCGCAGAAGAUGUUCUGGAACCCAAAGAGCUCAGAAAAAGCCGUAUUCAUGCUCAGAAUGUGGCAAAUGUUUUACUUGGAAAUCAGGCCUUCUUCAACAUCAAAGACAUCACACAGGUGAGAAGCUGUAUUCCUGUUCAGACUGUGGGAAACGUUUUAUUAACAAAUCACAUCUUCAAAACCAUCAGAGAAUUCACACAGGAGAGAAGCCGUUUUCAUGUUCAGAAUGUGCGAAAUCCUUUACUAAAAAGUCAGUUCUUCUACAUCAAAGAAGUCACACAGGAGAGAAACCGUAUUCAUGUUCAGAAUGUGGAAAAUCUUUUACUCAGAAAUCACGUCUUCAUAACCACCAGAGACUUCACACAGGGGACAAGAUGUAUUCAUGUUCAGAAUGUAGGAAAUCUUUUACUGAGAAAUCAUCUCUUAAGAGCCAUCAGAAAAUUCACACAGGAGAUAAGCCAUUUUCUUGCUCAGAAUGUGGAAAAUGUUUUACUAGAAAAACACAUCUUGAAAAACAUCAGAGAAUUCACACAGGAGAGAAGCCGUUUUCAUGUUCAGAAUGUGGAAAAUGUUUUACUAGAAAAACACAUCUUAAAAGCCAUCAGAGAAUUCACACAGGAGAGAAGCAGUUUUCAUGUUCAGAAUGUGGAAAAUGUUUUACUAGAAAAACACAUCUUAAAAACCAUCAGAAAAUUCACACAGGAGAGAAGCCGUUUUCAUGUUCAGAAUGUGGCAAAUCUUUUACUCAGAAAUUCCAUCUUCAGAGCCACCAGAGAAUUCACACAGGGGACAAGCCGUAUUCAUGUUCAGAAUGUAGGAAAACUUUUACUGAGAAAUCAUCUCUUAAGAGCCAUCAGAAAAUUCACACAGGAGAGAAGCCGUUUUCGUGUUCAGAAUGUGCAAAAUGCUUUACUAGAAAGUCAAUUCUUCUUCUACAUCAAAGAAGUCACACAGGAGAGAAGCCAUAUUCAUGUUCAGAAUGUGGCAAAUGUUAUGCUGAGAAAUCAAAUCUAGAUAGACAUCGGAGAAGUCACACAGAAGAGAAGCCGUAUUCAUGUUCAGAAUGUGGAAAAUGUUAUACUCAGAAAUCAAGUCUAGAUAGACAUCAGAGAAGUCACACAGAAGAGAAGCCGUAUUCAUGUUCAGAAUGUGGAAAAUGUUUUACUCGGAAAUCAUCUCUUGUUCAACAUCAGAGAAUUCACAUCGGGAACAACCAAUUCUGAAUCCUUUCUGUAAAAUAUGCCAUGAAUUUCCAUUUUUUUUCUUGCUAUCAUUUAUAGCGAGAAGACUCAGCUUUGUUAUAAAAAUAUUGCAUAUAUAUUGAAGCAGGAAUUAAAAGAAAAUAUCAGUAUAUUCAGAAGUGUAG